AUGCCCUUUUUUCUUCUUCCCUCCUCCCCUUCUUUCGUGGCUUUUGUGAAUACAUCUUCAUCUACUGUUGUUUUCCGAGUAUCAAAGAACAUAAUUUAUAUAAUACAUACAGUGAUCAUCUUCGAAGACCAAAAGGCGACCCGGAACGAACGAGAAGCUUCAAGGGCUUAUGUCGAGAGAGGUGUUGUGAAAUCCAAGCGAUCCAUAUGGAGGUUGAGAACAAUCACUGAUUUCGUCUGGGCCAUUGUUAACUUCAUUGGUGUGUUCUUUGCAACAAUGUUUUUGAUGGAAAAAUCAGAUGCUUAUAAAAAAGGCUCAGGCUCUGGGAAGAAAUGGGAUGGUGGAGGUCCAGGUGGUCCUGGAAGCGGCGGCCCAUAUGGUGGUGGUUCACGUGGUCCAUCUCGUGGAUUAGACAACGUUCGUGGAAUUGAUCAUAACUCUCGCUCUCGCUCUCCCCUCGGCUCUGCUCUCACUCUUGCUCUCGCUCUCCCUCUGCGCUCAGACUCUCACUCUUGCUCUCGCUCUCACUCUCUGUCUCUGCUCUGUCUCUGUCCGUGGUAUGGCAUCUAUCUCUCUCUAUCUCAUUUGAAUUUUAUGUGUUUAUUGUAAUUGUUAAAAUGUGAAUGUGUGGUUUUGAAUUGUGAAAAUUUUGUAGGGUUUUCAAUUGAAUGUGAAAUCAUAAAUUAUGAAAUUAGAAAUUAGGGUUAUGAAA